AUGCGCGGCCUUUACAUAGGACUGGGCGCCAUUGCCCUGGCGUCCGUCAAUGCUUGGGAAUACCCCUAUUGUGAACACGAUGGGUGCUACCGCAACCUCAUUGACGAGCGCUUCGCUGAAGAGGCCAAGGGUUUCUGCGUUGAGUUCCUCCACGGAACCACCACUGCUGCCGCUGCUAUCCCAACCGACUUCAACAACUGUGCUGGAGAUGUCAAGGCUGUCUCCUCUGCCUGCUCCUGCAUCACCUACAGUUUGAGCACAACAGCUCCUCCCACCACCAGCACCUCGGCCCCGUGGACUACCAGCACUCCCGCUCCCCCAACCACCGUCAGUACCACUGAGGCUUCCAAGACUACUUGGUCUUCCAAGGAGCAUUCAUCCUCGACUCCCGUUACUUCUGAGACGAGCACAUCGUCCACCUGGGUCAGCAGCACCAAGGUUCACAGCACCUCCACCUCCUCUGAGGACUGCACUACGUCGUCAACAGCUGUCAGCUCGACUAAGGAGCACAGCACUUCCACCUCCUCCGAAGACUGCACUACCUCUUCCACCGCCGUCAGCAGCACCAAAGUCCACAGCACAACCACUUCAUCGGAGGACUGCACCACUUUGUCCACCGUUGUCAGCUCGACUAAGGUCCACAGCACGACGACUGAAGACUGCACCACCGAGACGACCGUGAGCACCAAGAGCCAUCAUUCACACUCUAGCAAACCCCCCACGACUCACGUCCCUCCUCCUCCUCCCACUACCACAGAGGAUUGCACCACCGAGACGUCUGUGAGCACCAAGAGCCAACACUCACACUCAAGCAAGCCCCCCACGACUCACGUCCCUCCUCCCCCUCCUACUACAACUGAGGAUUGUACCACCGAGACUGCCGUCAGCAGCACCAAGGGAGAGAGCACGACCAAGAGCCACCACCCUCACCCCAGCAAGUCUUCCACCUGGGUCCCUCCUCCUCCCACCACGACCCCUUACGCCAACACAACGACCGAGAAGCCUCCUUACACCAAGACUCGCACCAGCAAGCUGACCACUUCCACCGUCUACACUACAACUGUUGAGACCGUGACAAGAUGCCCUCCCAGCGUCACAAAUUGCCCUCACACUCCUGUCACCACAACCAAGACCAUCGCCGUGUCGACGACCAUCUGCCCCGUCACCGAGGAGUCUACAAAGCCAGUUCCCACCCACCCUGUUCCUCCACCAACGACCUGGACGACUUCCACGGUUUACACUACCAGGGUUCAUACCAUCACCAGAUGCCCUCCCGAUACCCCCAACUGCCCCGAGGGUCCUCACACCACCACCGAGACUAUUCCCGUCUCUACCACCAUCUGCCCUGUCACCGAGAGCGUGCCUCACACUUUCACCACUGUGCACCCCGCGCCCAGCAGCCCGCCUCCUCCACCGCCCGCUGGCACUCCACCUGCUGGAACCCCUCCUGCUCCUCCCGCCAGCACCCACCCGGCGCCUCCUGCUGGUACUCCCCCGGCUGACACUCCUCCCGCGCCUCCAGCUAGCACUCACCCUGCUCCGCCAGCUGGCACCCCUCCCGCCGGUACUCCCGUUCCCCCUCCGGCUGGCACACCUUCUACCCCUCCUGCCGGGACUCCCCCUGCCGGUACUCCUCCUGCCGGUACUCCUCCUGCCGGUACCCCUCCGCCCGCUGCCACCACGCCCGUCGCCUCGCCCAGCAAGACCACCACUGGUCCGGUCCAGGUCACCAACGCUGCUGAUCGUCUCGGCUCCGGCAUCUUGGCCGCAGCCGCUGGUGUCGUGGUUGCUGCUCUGCUCUGA